AUGCCUCCGUUCUCAGUUAUCUUUUAUAUCUUCCUCAUCACUGGAGGCUUUGCAAACGAUGAUGACAUUUCCACAGUACCUCACAUACGUCAGCGUCGCUUCAGCAUCAUUUCUUUAGCAAAAAAAUAUUUAUUUGACAAAAUAUUAGAUUUACUUAUUGAAAAUAAGAAUAAAAGCGAACCAGAAGAUCCACGAGCAAAUGUCGAAUCUGUCACCGCUCAUACCUCUACAGAUAGAAGAGUCGGUACAGAAAUCAAAAUUGUGAACGUGAUCAAUAACUCACCAGGAUAUCAUCCAAGAACCAAAAUCGUUGAUGCUCCGGCUACUACAGAAUCUGAAAGUGUUGCCACGGUAAUUGAAGAUGAAAUUCAGAUAGAGGAAGCAGAGAACACGGCAAACAGAACCGUGCCUGGUCUGCCUCAUACUUCCACAGAUGUUGAAAACAUUGCCACGGUAAUUGAAGAUGAAAUUCAGAUAAAAGAAGCGAAGAGUACGCAAAGCAGAGCCGUGCCUGCUCUGACUCGUACUUCUACUGAAGAUGAAACAGUUGCCACAGUAAUUGAGGAUGGAACCCAGGAAGAUAAAGCAGAAAACAAGGAGAGCACAGCCAUGCCUACUCAGGCUUAUACUUCUACUGAGGAUGAAACUGUUGCCACAGUAAUUGAGGAUAGAACCCAGGAAGAUAAAGCAGAAAACAAGGAGAGCACAGCCAUGCCUACUCAGGCUUAUACUUCUACUGAGGAUGGAACAGUUGCCACAGUGAUUGAGGAUGGAAC